AUGCAAAGCCAGGGUUGUCCAGACAGCAUCCAGCAAAAUGAACGCACUCGCAACGACGUCUUUGUCAAAACAACUCGGCCCUCUAUUACUGCAGUCCACAUCACACCACACAUCACCAUGCCGCCGUCAAAUCGGCGCACUAGACCUGCGCGCAAGGCUGCCGAAGUGGCCGCAGCAGCCACGGCCACCGCUGCCGACGUGUCUGACGCCGACACGCCCGAAUCCAUUGCUACACCCUCGCGCACUUCGCGCAAGAGAGCGCGUGCCAACGAUGCUCCCACCUCCAAUGGCCGCGCCGCCACGCGCAGAAAGGUCACGACUGCACGUCCGAACGAACGAGAAGACACAGAGGGCACCGAGGCCAACGAACAAUCCGACGCCGAAACAGAACCCUCGACCCCAUCCGAGGUCGAUGUCAUCUCCAAGCUCAAGGUCUCGGACAAGCAAGUGAAUGCGACACACGACUUCUCCAACGACCUGCUCGAAGGAAGAGAGCACGUGCCUGGCUAUGGCAAGAUCGCUGGUCGCAACUGGACAUACAUCAUCCAAGGCGUCGAGAUCAACAUCGGCCGUCCCGAGUCGCAUGAGAAGGCCGAGUCCCUCGAUUCACCUCUCAUCCAGUCGAACGACCCCUCGGCCAAGUCAAGGAUCUCCAUCGACCUCGGUCCCGACCGACAGGUCUCGCGCCUGCACGCAGUCAUCUCUUACGACAGCGAACAGGAGAAGUGGUUCAUCUCGGUCAACGGCCGCAAUGGUCUCCGAGUCGACACACAGCUGCUCAAGCGUGGCAACCGUGCCGCCCUGCGUUCUGGCUGUGUCAUCGACAUCAGUGGCACACAGAUGGCCUUCAUCACCACUGCUCGCCAUGAAGACGACGGCCCAGUCUUUGCUGACGCCAUUGUCCGCCAGACUUACACGUCCGAAGAAGAAGACCACGAAGCCGACGGCCGUAAUGCCAACCCGCCACCGAACCCGUCGUCCCACAUGCCCGGUCCUUCGUCCUCAGUGCGUCGCCCUGCCCACCCUUCGUCCAGCUUCCCUGAUGGCAGCACCGGCCACCGCGUGCAUCCCCAUUCAUACGCAGGCCUGCAAUCACAAUCCUUCCCCAUACCGGGCACGCCGAUUCGUAACCACGGCAUGAACAUUCCUACCUCGCAGCGUACUCGCCCAUCGCCCGUCUCACUCGGAGGCUAUCCUCGCGGUGUCAUGCUCGAGUCGACCGAGUCGAUCGACUAUUCGGCAGAUAGCGCCAAAGAUCUCAAGCCUCCUCACUCUUACGCCCAGUUGAUCGGCAUGGCUAUCCUGUCCACCUCGGAGCAGCAGAUGACACUCAACAACAUCUACAAGUGGAUCAUGGCAAACUAUGCCUUCUACCGUCAUAGCACUAGCGGCUGGCAAAACUCGAUCCGUCACAACCUCAGUCUCAACAAGGCCUUUGAGAAGAUAGCCCGUCGCACCGACGAGCCCGGAAAGGGUAUGAAGUGGAUGAUCUCUCCCAAGGAGCGUGACACUUUCCUCAGCCAGGGCAUGAAGGGCUGCCGCAGACCCAACCCUCUGCCUUCUGGCAUGAUCGACCCUUCAAGUCCUGCCCAGCUGCAUGCCCCUUCUUCAGCCCAGCAAAAGCCAAUCGGUGCUGCUCAUCCUGUUCCCAGCAAGACCGAGAAGAGCGACAGCCCUCCAAUGCACACCUACCCCUCAUCGUAUCCCACAGCCAACGAGGCCUACACUCCCGAUCGUGGCUCUCGCCGUCCUGUCAAGUUUGACGACAAUGAUCCGGAACUCAUCUACCCUCCUUCUGCUAAGAGCACCCUCAAUCAUCUUACUGCUGUCGCCAACGCUGCUGGCUCGCCGCCUUCACUCUACAUCACCGAUGAUGGUCGCAUUGGCCCUCUCGAUACACCCUUUCCUGUACGCAGCAGCCAGAAGCUCGCGCCUCCCUCGACACUGCAGCGACCCUCAGCCUUCAUGGAGUUCUCAUCGCCCGCUCCCUUCUGGAAGUUCGGCUCGACUCCCUUGCGUCCUCUCGCAGACAUUAGUCCCCUAAAGGCAACUCCUUUCUCGUCGUUCAAGCCACUUGGUAUGGGUGCCAACGUAAAGAUACUCGACGAGGACGACAAGAGCGCUGUUGACAAGAAAAGCAUUCUGGACGAAAGGGAUGACGACAUGCCUGUUAUCCAGUCCAGUUCGCCUCCUCGUGCGUCAGCUGUCCCUGAUCGUAUUGACGGUAGCCCUACUCGCAGCAUACCCAGACCUGCAACAAGUCACAGCCGCUCUGCCAAGCUUGAGUUCGACUCAGACGAGCACAUUGUCACAAGCAUGCCUGCCGAGAGCAAUGAGAGGACCUCUUUCGACCGUGAGACUCCUCAGAGGAGAGACCAGAGUAUACCGGCAAAUCCAUCCUUCAAUGCUCCCCAAUUGCAACCCCCUCAGCAGCAUCAUCUGCAGCAACAUCAACAACAGCAGCAGCAGCAGCAGCAGCAGCAACAACAACAAUACCAGCAGCAGCACGAGUCUGAACAACAAGAGAGUCAGCAAAGUCAGCAAGAGCAGAUGCACGCUCAGGUACAGGCACAAGCGCAACCGCAGCGGGAACAAUCGAGCAUGCCCGCGCCCAAUUCUAUGCGUCCUCCUAUGCAGGCUCUUGGAAACAGUAACAACCAGGCCACUACACCCAACACCAGCAACAUCCUCAGCAGCCACGCUUAUGCAACGAACAACAUGAACGGCAUGCAACAGAACAUGGGAUCUCUCCGAUAUGGAGCCGAUGCCGACGAUGAAGCCGGCAUUGAUCUUGCCAAGGGCUUCCAACCUAUUGGUACAUUCCACAAGAUAGGAGCAGCAAGAUUCGGUAUGGGCAUGGCAGGUCGUUAGCUGCAACCUGACGCAUCCAACUUGCAGCAACACCCAAUGUACCGUACGCCCAGCAGCCAAAAGCGUGGCAAGAAAAACACAGAGCUUUGAACAAGUAACGAGAAGCGAGUCAUGAAAUGAAGGCACGCAAGUGAAGGACAACGCUUUCUAAUGGAUAUUCGGGAGUCUUUUUGGCGCAGUAAGUGUUUCUAGUUUUGUUUCGUGAGAGCACAAGAUGGCGUUCUGUAUUCGGGUACAACAUCACGAUUCUACCCGCGAGCAGAGGAUAUAGAGAGUAGCUCAAGACGGGUCAGUAAGACUAGAGUCGCAAACUUCGAUAGGCUUGAUGUACGAAAGCCAUGUUUUUCCUGGUGAUACAGACCCCUGAACCUGCUUUGACAGAUGUGAGUAGUGCGAACAUGACGCG